AUGGCCUCCUCUCUAAUCCUGAAGCACAUCAGAGCACACUCCAUCAACCUGGUAUGAUGAUCAACUCAUCGACAAAUCUCACUAUUAUUUCUAAUCCUGAAAAAUGCUGGAUCAUUUGUAUAGACUGUUGUGUGUAUAUCAGUUUUGGCACCACAGUCUCAUGAUCAUUGUCAAUAGUGUUUUGUAUCUGCAUAUGUCUCUCACAGGCUUCCCAAGCUCCACUAAUAAUGAAAUGAAAGAGGGCCAUGUCUUUCUUUCUCUGUAUUAACCCCACAUUACAUGUAAACUAGCCUGAUCCCAGAUUGGUUUGUGCUGUCUGUCUUGCCAACUCCUAUAGUCAUUGUCAUGCAACAUAAUGGCAAUGAGCAUAGGAGUUGGCAAGACGGCGCAAACAGAUCUGGGACUAGGCGACAUGUAAACAUCUCUCAGGAACAACAUGGCUGCUGUCUGCAGCAGCAGAAUGUGGUUGUGGUGCUAGUUGGAGUUCGGGUCACUGUUGGCAUGUUUACUCCCAGAUUUCUAUCAACCGCACAAAGACGUUCCAGGACAUUUACCAAAAGGAAUUUGGGAAUUGAGAUCUUAACUAUUUGUUUUUUUUAUGUCUGCCCUUAACCAUUAGUAUUCUGACAAAAGCUGAAUGCAGUCUUUCUCAGAUAAAUAAAUAAGCAUGAGAGGGCACAGCAGGAUGCUAGCAGUUUCACUUAAGAACCAAACAGCUCAGUGUAGGCUAUCCUACUGAUGUGUUUUUUUAAAUCAAAGACAACAAUGGAUGGUUAUGUCUUCCCCCAUCCUGUUAAGGAUUAUGCACAAAGAUUUACUAAAUCAUAAAAGUUAAAUAUAAUAUUUCCCAUAAUAUAACCUAUUCCUAUUGGUUUACUGCUGUUAGAGUUUUUAGCAUGUUAAGUCUAAGCCUAGAAUAAGCAAAGAAAGAGUUAAAGCAGAUAUCCACUUCUCUCCCCGCUUGGAAGCCAUUGUUAUUAUCUGUUUGCUUUGGCAACACCUAAUAUUUAUAGAAACUGGUGUUUUUAUGUGUAAUUAUAUAUUUUUGUCUCAUCCAAGUAGGGUUGGGAAUUGCCAGGGACCUCACGAUACGAUAUUAUCACGACACUUAGGUGCCGAUUCUAUAUGUAUUGUGAUUCUAUACUGUGAUUUUAUUGCGAUUCGAUGUUCCAAACAUAUUGCUCACCAUAUGUCUUCUACAGAGGGUCAAGAGAGAGCCAGGAGAAAACGAGUAUUGAUCAGUCAUGGAAAUAAAAGUGCUGAAAACGAAUUGGCUCCCUAUUUUAAAAGAAGAUGGAGAACAAGCUAUGAAGGAAAAAAACAGGAGUUUUGGUGCAGCUACAGCAAACUAGCGCAAAAAUUAUAUUGCGAUUUUGUCAAAAAUUAUACAAUACGAUAUAUUGUCAAAAAUAAUAUCUCUAUGUAACUGUAUCCAUUUUUCCCCCCCAUCACUACUUAAACUCUGACAGAUGUAAAAUAUCUCCCUCAGGCCAGUACAUGGCAAGGGAUUCUCUCUGCUCUGAGCACACAGUUCAUGGGUUAAAUUAGAAGGUGGGUGGUGUCCUACUUUAUGUUUGGUUUCAGGGGCAUAAUCAUGGUCAUCGUUUAGCCUCUGCCUAUAUCACUCUCAAACUGAUGCGUCUUUAGUCAAGUUAUUUUACUUUCCCUUUGACCUGCUUUCUCCUCUUUUUCCCAUCUUCCCUUAGUUCUCUUGUGAACACAUAUGCAAGCAGAAAUAGGCUCUUAAAUAUCAGUUGUCUCCUGCCAAGACUGUGCAUCCCAAAUGUCACCCUAUUCUGGUGCACUACUUUUGACCAGGGCCCAGGUCAAAGAACUGCACUAGAUAGGGAAUAUGGUGCCAUUCGGGAUGCAGGCAGAGACACAGAUAUUCAAGGCAAGCUUCCAUUAACCAGACAUAAAAUGUAUCUACACUGAAGAAAAAUAUAAACGCAACAUGUAAAGUGUUGGUUCCAUGUUUAAUGAGCUGAAAUAAAAAGAUACCAGACAUUUUCCAUAUGCACAAAAAGCUUUAUUUCUCUCAAACUUUGUGCACAAAUUUGUUUACAUCCCGUUAGUGAGCAUUUCUCCUUUGCCAAUAUAAUCCAUCCACUUGACAGUUGUGGCAUAUCAAGAAUCUGAUUCAACAGCAUGACCAUUACACAGGUGCACCUUGUGCUGGGGACAAUAAAAGGCCACUCUAAAAUGUGCAGUUUUGUCACACAACACAAUGCCACAGAUGUCUCAAGUUUUGAGGGAGUGUGCAAUUGGCAUGCUGACUGCAGGAAUGUCCACCAGAGCUGUUGCCAGAGAAUUUAAUGUUCAUUUCUCUACCAUAAGCCCCUCCAACGUUGUUUUAGAGAAUUUGGCAGUACGUCCAAACGGCCUCACAACCGCAGACCACGUGUAACCACACCAGCCCAGGACCUCCACAUCUGGCUUCUUCACCUGCGGGAUCGUCUGAGACCAGCCACCCGGACAGCUGAUGAAACUGUGGGUUUGCAGAACCGAAGAAUCUCUGCACAAACUGUCAGAAACCGUCUCAGGGAAGCUCAUCUGCGUGCUCGUCGUUCUCACCAGGGUCUUGACCUGACUGCAGUUUAGCGCCGUAACCGACUUCAGUGGGCAAAUGCUCACCUUCGAUGGCCACUGGCGUGCUCAGUCCCUUCCUGUACUCCCUAUUCACCCAUGACUGCAUGGCCAAGCACGACUCCAACACCAUCAUUAAGUUUGCCGAUGACACAACAGUGGUAGGCCUGAUCACCGACAACGAUGAGACAGCCUAUAGGGAGGAGGUCAGAGACCUUGCCGUGUGGUGCCAGGUAACAACCUCUCCCUCAACGUGAUCAAGACAAAGGAGAUGAUUGAGGACUACAGGAAAAAGAAGAGGACCGAGCACGCCCCCAUUCUCAUCGACGGGGCUGUAGUGGAGCAGGUUGAGAGCUUCAAGUUCCUUGGUGUCCACAUCACCAACAAACUAUCAUGUUCCAAACACACCAAGACAGUCGUGAAGAGGGCACGACAAAGCCUAUUCCCCCUCAGGAGACUGAAAAGAUUUGGCAUGGGUCCUCAGAUCCUCAAAAGGUUCUGCAGCUGCACCAUCGAGAGCAUCCUGACUGGUUGCAUCACUGCCUGGUAUGGCAACUGCUCGGCCUCUGACCACAAAGCACUACAGAGGGUAGUGCGUACGUCCCAGUACAUCACUGGGGCCAAGCUACCUGCCAUCCAGGACUUUUAUACCAGGCGGUGUCAGAGGAAGGCCCUAAAAAUUGUCAAAGACUCCAGCCACCCUAGUCAUAGACUGUUCUCUCUGCUACCGCACGGCAAGCGAUACCGGAGCGCCAAGUCUCGGUCCAAAAGGCUUCUUAACAGCUUCUAACCCUAAGCCAUAAGACUCCUGAACAGCUAAUCAAAUGCCUACCCGGACUAUUUGCAUUAAUUCCCCACCCCCUCUUUUACGCUUCUGGUACUCUCUGUUUAUUAUCUAUGCAUAGUCACUUUAACUCUACCUACAUGUACAUAUUACCUAAAUUACCUCUACUAACCUGUGCCGGUACCCCCUUUAUAUAGCCUCGCUACUGUUAUUUUACUGCUGCUCUUUAAUUAUUUAUAUUUUUGACUUAUCACUUAUUUUUCUUAAAACUGCAUUGUUGGUUAAGGGCUUGUAAGUAAGCAUUUCACUGUAAGGUCUACACCUGUUGUAUUCGGCCCAUGUGACAAAUACAAUUUGAUUUGAAGUGUGCUCUUCACAGAUGAAUCCAGGUUUCAACUGUACCGGGAAUAUGGCAGAGCAGCAUCGUGUGGGCGAGCGGUUUGCUGAUGUCAUUGUUGUGAACAGAGUGCCCCAUGGUGGCGGUGGGGUUAUGGUAUGGGCAGGCAUAAGCUACGGACAUCGAACGCAAUUGCAUUUUAUCAAUGGCAAUUUGAAUGCACAGAGAUACUGUGACUAGAUCCUGAGGCCCAUUGUCCUACCAUUCAUCCACUCAUGUUUCAGCAUGAUAAUUCAAGGCCCCAUGUCGCAAGGAUCUGUACACAAUUCCUGGAAGCUGAAAAUGUCCCAGUUCUUCCAUGGCCUGCAUACUUACCAGACAUGUCACCCAUUGAGCAUGUUUGCGAUGCUCUGGAUCGAUGUGUACGACAGAGUGUUCCAGUUCCCGCCAAUAUCCAGCAACUUCGCACAGCCAUUGAAGAGGAGUGGGACAACAUUCCGCAGGCUACAAUCAACAGCUUGAUCAACUCUAUGCAAAGGAGAUGUGUGGCGCUGCAUGAGGCAAAUGGUGGUCACAACAGAUGCUAACUGGUUUUCUGAUCCACGCCCCAUACUUUUUUUUUAAGGUAUCUGUGACGAACAGAUGCAUAUCUGUAUUAUCAGUCAAGUGAAAUCCAUAGAUUAGGGCUUAAUGAAUUUAACUCAGUAAUGUCUUUGAAAUUGUUGCAUGUUGGGUUUAAUAUUUUUGUUCAAUGUAUUUAUUUAGCAUAUAGCGUACAUUUCACAUUGAUAUUUGAUAACUAUCUUAUGUUAUGGCAUAAAGUAUCUUCAAAUUAAUAUUUUUGUUGUUUCAGGUGCUGACCUUCAAUGGAAGAGGAGUGAGUGGCCAUAGCAAUCCCACUGCCAUCUACAAGGCUGUCAGGUACGAACUAGACUAUGUCCUUAAAACACUGUCCGUCAUUGUAAGGCGGACCUGUGUGUGUCCUUUAGAUUUAAUUGUAUUUUAAUAGUGUGUUCUUCAUCUGUUUGUGGAAAGCACAUGCCGUCCCAAGGGAAGUACUCUAAGAAACACAUUGUCCACAGAUCCAGGACCUAUUCCAGAAACCAGCUCUGUAGGCUACAUUCCGAGACUCCAUAAUUAUAAAGCAUACACACACCACAUGCUAAAAAUCUCGGCACACAUCAACCUCCCUUCCCCCCACCCCCCUACAAACACACACACAUACAAAAACACACUCCACCGCUGGAUCUGCAGAUGGCCCUGCUCUCAGAAACCCACACAAAAUCACGUCCUAACGAGAGUAGGGAGGAGAACUAGCGAAGGAGAAGAGGAGAGAGGAUGUCUGGAGAACUGUAGAGGACACCAGUCCAACAGUAGCAUCAGACUAUUGUGAAAUGAAAUAAAGACUGUUUUUGUGUUUGGUCGUAUCAUAGUCUCAUGUGAUAAACUAAUAGAUGUUAAAAAUGUAGUAGCUGGCCAGCGCGCACAGGAUAUUUGGUUUUGGGUUCCCUCAGCAAUUAUUGUGAUGUGUACUGUAGCUGCAUUACAGUGUAGUAAGGUUUACACAGUAAGUGAAGAGAACAGAUGUGUUCAUUGACUAGUGCUUCCUGCUCGGUCACUUCCUCUCUGAGCAGCCUGGUCUCAUAGGCUAGACAUGACAUAGUAAAUGUAAAUCGUGACACUGAAAUUAGUAUAUGUUACGUUUGGUAUGGUUACAUAAGACAGAUGAUUACUUAAGGCAAGGUCAGGGUGGAUGGUUGGGCGUAUAACGUGAAUGUAUAACAACCCAAAGGUUGCGAGUUUGAAUCUCAUGAUGGACAACUUUAGCAUUUGAGCUAAUCAACAACUUUUCAACUACUUACUACUUUUUAGCUACUUUGCGACUACUUACCAUGUUAGCUAACCCUUCCCCUAACCCUUCCCUUAACCCUUUUAGCUAACCCUUCCCCUAACUAUUCCCCUAACCUUAAUGCUAACACCUAGCCUAGCUAAUGUUAGCCAGCUAGCUAACGUUAGCCACCUUGCUAGAAUUCGUAACAUAUACAUUUAGCAAAUUCGUAACGUAUUGUACGUUUUGCAAAUUCGUAAUAUAUUGUACUUUUUGCAAAUUCGUAACAUAUAAUACGAAAUGGGUGAUGGACAUUCACAAAUUAAUUCAUACCACAUGAAACGUAACAUAUCAUACUAAAUGGAGUGUCUCGGAUUUACGUACAGAAUCAUAUGAAAUGCUCUGAGACCAGAUUGCUCUGAGCUGAGCCUCCCUGGCUCUCCUCCAACACCCAGACCUCAUCUCCUGUCUGGAAGGAUGAGUGUGUGGUGUGUCCAGAUCUGAAUCAAGAGUCUGAAUAUUAUGUAAGAGGAAGGUUUGAAUCAGACGUAAGGCAGAUUCAUCUUGGCCAAGAUGGAGUUAACAAGAGAGAAAGAGUGGGAGAGGAGAGGUAGAGUUACUGUAGCGAGUGUUGAAUGUGACAUUAGACUUAGACCCACAAGUGAUGCACACCAUUUUCUCCACUGUGCCAAAUCCCCAGGAUGUGGAGGGAAAACUAUGUGGAAGUGAAUGUAUAAGGCCAUCUGUAUUUCCUCAACUUGGAUUAAGUCUCCAAUGAGAGGUUGUACUAAACAGGGAAGAGGAGAAGUGAAGUUUUCUCUAGUUUCAGACACUGAUGAGAGUGGGAGAGGAGAGGUAGAGUUACUGUAGAGUGUGGAAUGUGACAUGGAACAUCCAGAGACCAUAAUCCAUCCAUAAAUGAUCAUGAACCACAUGACAAUUCAUUAGAAAACAUAAACAGGUUGACAACCAUCCCAAAUUGCAUAUUAUCUUAUUCCUAACAUUUGAGAGGUUACUUUGCUGCCUUGCUACUUUCCCUUGUGAAGGCUUAAAGAUGUUGACCUUUUACCCAUUUGAGCUGCAACCAGGGAAACGGAACCUUCGGGUUUAAUAUGGCUGGAAGGGCCAUAUUAGUGUCCUGAUAAUUAUUGUGUAUUGUUCACUCACACGAAGUCUUUCACUGCCCAGAACUUUGGCAAUGUAAUUAGUUCCCUGUCCAGAUUUUAUGUAACUUUUUGUCUCAUAGGAAAACCUGGGGAAAGCAAGUAGGCCUAUCUGUAGGAUUUUCUUGCAAGUCAAAGAUUUCAUUUGACCAAGCCCUUAUCAAAUACUUGUAUUCAGAUAAUAAUUGUCAGCAUAAGGGAUUUAGCCUAUUAUAAAUUACACAUCUAAAACAAUUUGCAUCAGUUACAGGACAUUGCAUGUUGGUAAAUUGAGUUUUGAACAACAGAUCUAAAUUGGUACACGUAUAAGCUCGUAAGGACAAGAAGGGAGAACUGAUCUAAAGCAGUGUAGUUGGAACUGGAGCCUAAGCAAAGACCGCCACCUACUGUUGAAAUUAGUGUCACUUGCACUUAGUCAGCUGGUGGCAGUAAGGAGUAGGUAGGGACACAACAAACUGGGUGAUAUUCCUGUAAUUGUAAAUAGGCUGAAUAUGAAUUAAGUACCUAAAAAUCCUGCAGGUACUUUAUUCUUAGUCAGCCUAUUCACAAUUACAGUAAUAAAAGACAAAGGGCAUUUUACAAGUGGACCUACAACUCCCCUUUAUCACAGUCGCCAUCUGUCCCUUUCUCCCAACUGGAUGUGAAUCUAUUCCCAUACAACAACACCCUCCCUCCUCUGUUACACUUGUGUUUCCGCCAACUCUUUAGGACUUUGGCCUUUGUAAGAUAGUGGAGCCACAUCAUCACAGCCCCUCCUAAAGCUUUACACUGCUUAGGCCAGGGUCCAACUUUUAAACCCCUCUUAAUGUAGCAGAUGGGCAGAUCUCUUUCUCUCUUGUUAACUCCAUCUUGGCCUAGAUUAAUCUGCCUUACGUCUGAUUCAAACCUUCCUCUUACAUAAUAUUCAGACUCUUGAAUCCAGCUAUCUGGAUCUUGACUCUUAUUGUGAAUUAAGUGUAAAUUAAGUAGUUACUGCUAUUACUAGAUAAUGUUAUUACUGUGCCACAUCAUGGCUCACAGUAGAAAAUAUUGCAUGUUUUAAGUGUUAUUAGACUUAUAGAGUGGGACUUUCUUGAUCACUGUUUUGAACAAACAAGACCAUUUACCACUCUAUACCCUGUCCUCCUUCCCCUUAAUCUAGAGAACAGACAAGAGAGAUGACACAUUUCUAUUACUAUAGGGUGUGAGAUCAACCUGUUCAUUAGAUUUCUGCCAGGAACCUUUUAUCUAAUGAUGAGCAUUGUUGAGAGAGGGUUGUUUUUUCACAAGUUGAUUAGCUGUAAACAUGCCACACCCAGACCUUAAAGUGUGUGAUUUCAAAUUGGUGUUCAGUGUUGAGAGAGAGAGAGAUAAGCCUCAAUGUGAUUCUAAAGCCUGUUAGCAAAGCUAACAUUUACUCCCCUCUCAUUUUCACCAGCUUACCUAAAGCCUCUUUUGCCCCAUGAACCAUUUACUGUAGAUAUCCAAGUUUCACAGUCUCCUCAAAAGAUGUAAAUGAUCAGUGUUUUUCAUUGACAUUGAGUGACAUGUUGCUUAAGGCCAGACACCACACCCUCAUAGGGUAAUUGUUUUCCCUUAAUCAUAUCACAAUCAACUUUUACCAGUUGAAUGUAGACACAAAUAUAAUACUUUUUUGUAUAAAAAAGAAAUCUGAAAUAUCUUAUUAGAAUAUGCAAAUUACGCAAUAUUUAAUUACAGUGCAUUCAGAAAGUAUUCAGACCCCUUCACUUUUUCCACUUUGUUACGUUACAGCCUUAUUCUAAAUUGGAUUAAAUAAAUAAAAAAUCUCAUCAAUCUACACACAAUAUACCCCAUAAUGAUAAAGCCAAAAUAGGUUUUUAGAAAUUUUAUCAAAUGUAUUAAAAAUAAAAAACAGAAAUACCUUAUGUAAAUAAGUAUUCAGAACCUUUGCUAUGAGACUCAAAUUUGACCUCAUGUGCAUCCUGUUUCCAUUGAUCAUCCUUGAGAUGUUUCUACAACUUGAUUGGAGUCCACAUGUCCAAUCAAUUGAAUUUACCACAUGAUUUGGAAAGGCACACACGUCUAUAUAAGGUCCCACAGGUGACAGUGCAUGUCAGAUUAAAAACCAAGCCAUGAGGUCGAAGGAAUUGUCCGUAGAGCUCCGAGACAGGAUUGUGUCGAGGCACAGAUCUGGGGAAGGGUAACAAAAAAUGUCUGCAGCAUUGAAGGUCUCCAAGAACACAGUGGAAGACGUUUAUAACCACCAAGAUUCUUCCUAGAGCUGGCCGGCCAAACUGAGCAAUUGGGGGAGAAGGGCCUUGGUAAGGGAGGUGACCAAAAACCCGAUGGUCAGACUGACAGAGCUCCAGAGUUCCUCUUUGGAGAUGGGAGAACCUUCCAGAAGGACAACCAUCUCUGCAGCACUCCAUCAAUCAGGACUUUAUGGUAGAGUGGCCAGACGGAAGCCACUCCUCCGUAAAAGGCACAUGACAGCCCGCUUGGAGUUUGCCAAAAGGCACCUAAGGACUCUCAGACCAUAAGAAACAAGAUUCUCUGGUCUGAUGAAACCAAGGUUGAACUCUUUGGCCUGAAUGCCAAGUGUCACAUCUGGAGGAAACCUGGCACCAUCCCUACGGUGAAGCAUGGUGGUGGCAGCAUCAUGCUGUGGGGAUGUUUUUCAGUGACAGGAACCGGGAGACUAGUCGGGAUCGAGGGAAAGAUUAAUGGAGCAAAGUACAGAAAGAUCCUUGACGAAAACCUGCUCCAGAGCGCUCAGGACCUCUGGGGCAAAGGUUCACCUUCCAACAGGACAACGCAGGAGCGGCUUCGGGACAAGUCUCUGAAUGUCCUUGAGUGGCCCAGCCAGAGCCCGGACUUGAACCCGAUCGAACAUCUCUGGGGAGACCUGAAAAUAGCUGGGCAGCGACGCUCCCCAUCCAACCUGACAGAGCUUGAGAGGAUCUGCAGAGAAGAAUGGGAGAAACUCCCCAAAUACAGGUGUGCCAAGCUUGUAGCGUAAUACCCAAGAAGACGAGGCUGUAAUCGCUGCCAAAGGUGCUUCAACAAUGUACUGAGUAAAGGGUCUGAAUAUUUCCGUUUUUUAUUCUAUAAACCAGUUUUUGCUUUGUCAUUAUGGGAUAUUGUGUGUAGAUUGAUGAGGGGAAAAAAACAUUUUAAUCCAUUUUAGAGUAAGGCUGUAACGUAACAAAAUGUGGAAAAAGUGAAGGGGUCUGAAUACUUUCCGAAUGCACUGUAAAUAUGUGUAUAUUUACAUAUCGCACAAAUCAAUUUUUCUGGACACUGGAUGAAGUCAUUUUGUUAAGACACUCUAGGACCGAACUUGUCCAGAGCAGAUUGUGGAUUAAUACUUUUUUUCAUCUUUCUAUCUUUAAGAUACUUUCAAUGCGUUUUUGGCGCAUUUUUGAAAAUAACAUUUUAUUUAAAUUAACAAUUCCCUCUGGGCAAGUCUGGAGAAUACAGUACCAGUCAAAAGUUUGGACACACCUACUCAUUCCAGGGUUUUUCUUUAUUGUUACUAUUUUCUACAUUGGAAUCAUGUACUAACCAAAAAUGUGUUAAAUAAAUCAAAAUAUAUUUUAUAUUUGAGAUUCUUCAAAUAGCCACCCUUUGCCUUGAUGACAGCUUUGCACACUCUUGGAAUUCUCUCAACCAGCUUCAUGAGGUAGUCAUUUCAAUUAACAGGUGUGCCUUCUUAAAAGUUAAUUUGUGGAAUUUCUUUCCUUCUUAAUGCGUUUGAGCCAAUCAGUUGUGUUGUGACAAGGUAGGGGUGGUAUACAGAAGAUAGCCCUGUUUGGUAAAAGUCCCUAUUAUGGCAAGAACAGCUCAAAUAAGCUAAAGGAAAUGACAGUCCGUCAUUACUUUAAGACAUGAAGGUCAGUCAAUACGAAAAAUGUCAAGAACUUUGAAAGUUUCUUCAAGUGCAGACGCAAAAUCCAUCAAGCGCUAUGAUGAAACUGGCUCUCAAGAGGACCACCACGGGAAUGGAAGACCCAGAGUUACCUCUGCUGCAGAGGAUAAGUUCAUUAGAGUUACCAGCCUCAGAAAUUGCAGCCCAAAUAAAUGCUUCACAGAGUUCAAGUAACAGACACAUCUCAACAUCAACUGUUGAGAGGGGACUGUGUGAAUCAGGCCUUCAUGGUCGAAUUGCUGCAAAGAAACCACUACUAAAGGACACCAAUAAGAAGAAGAGACCUACUUGGGACAAGAAACACGAGCAAUGGACAUUAGACCGGUGGAAAUGUGUCCUUUGGUCUGGAGUCCAAAUUUGAGAUUUUUGGUUCCAACCGCUGUGUCUUUGUGAGACGCAGUGUGGGUGAACGGAUGAUCUCCGCGUGUAUUUCCCACCGUAAAGCAUGGAGGAGGAAGUGUUAUGGUGUAGGGGUGCUUUGCUGGUGAUACUGUCUGUGAUUUAUUUAGAAUUCAAGGCAAACUUAACCAGCAUGGCUACCACAGCAUUCUACAGCGAUACGCCAUCCCAUCAGGUUUGGGUUUAGUGGGACUAUCAUUUGUUUUUCAACAGGACAAUGACCCAACACCUCCAGGCUUGGUAAGGGCUAUUUUAUCAAGAAGGAGAGUGAUGGAGUGCUGCAUCAGAUGACCUUGCCUCCACAAUCCCCUGACCUCAACCCAAUUGAGAUGGUUUGAUAUGAGUCGGACUGAAGAGUGAAGGAAAAGCAGCCAACAAGUGCUCAGCAUAUGUGGGAACUCCUUCAAGACUGUUGGAAAAGCAUUCCAGGUGAAGCUGGUUUAGAGAAUGCCAAGAGUGUGCAAAGCUGUCAUCAAGGCAAAGGGUGGCUAUUUCAAUAAAUAUAUUUUGAUUUGUUUAACACUUUUUUGUUUACUACAUGAUUCCAUAUGUGUUAUUUCAUAGUUUUGAUGUCUUCACUGUUAUUCUACAAUGUAAAAAAAAUAGUACAAAUAAAGAAAAACCCUUGAAUGAAUGACUAAAAUGUAAAUGUAAAGGGAAAUUGCAGUUAAAGAGAAGUACACUAAUUUAUACUACAAACAACAAACACAUAUUUAGACCGAAUCACAUCUCUUCAAAGAAAGUUACUAAAUAUAGUCCAGUUUGAAAUGGUCUUUUAAAUUGUGUAAUUUAAUGUAGUGAGCUUUGAAAUUAUUGAUGUCCAUUUUAAAGUGGUUAAAAUUCAUUAAAAUGUUAAUGAUGGUAGUAUGAUAAACAAAAUAAAACAUUUCACAUUUUUGACAAUUUUUAUGUAAACCUUUUGAAAAUACUAAGAUUACUGGACCAAAAUGCCAACAAAUCUCAAGAUUGAUAGGUGUAGAUGCAAAAAAGAUAGUUCAGCCUGUGGUGCCUGGCCUUAAGUGGUACACUAACUAGGUUUCUCCUUUCUGCCACAGACUGCAGUCUCCUCUCUCUGUCAACCAUCGGUGUCCUCAGGAAGUACCUCUCCUUCCUGGAGUUCCCUAUCAGCUGGCUCCUCCCAUCAGAUCUCUGCUGCAUCAUAGGCUCAAAGGGAUACGGCAAAGUUAAGGUGAGUCAUCAUAAGCCUACAUUAGACCUCGAAAUAGACAAAUGUUACGUCAGUUCUACAAACAUCCCUACUCUUAUUAUUAGGGGACAAAUGUCAAUGAUACAUGCAAUAGCCUACCCAAUGUUUAGUUAGAGUGAGGCAUGUAUAAAAACAGCAUUGGGUUUUACAUCCGCAAGUGUAAAAGACUAUGCCUAAGCUCGGAGUACACAAAGUAAAAGUCCUUGUUCUCUCUUUCUCUAUAAAAGUGAAAUGAGGUCUCAACACCUGAGUUGACUGGUACUGACCCUGGCACUAAGAGUGCAUGUAAAGUCUUUGACUAUGAAUAUUGAUGCAGGGUAAAAGCAUGAAUCUCUCCAGCAGUUAUAAUCAAUCUGUAUGUCUGUAACAACUGAUGUCCAGCAAGGGGUGUCUGACAAUUUUCUCUAACUCUGAUAGAUAUUUCUCUAGUCUAAUAGACCCCCCUCCUUUCUAUUCACCAGAGGGCCAUGCUCUGUCACCGUACUCAGCUCCUGUGGUUUCGUUACCUCUAG